AUGACAGGCCUACUUCAGUUGAUCAGACCUCGGGCCAUCUGCACUUCAUUAUUGAGGAAACCAAUUCAAGGUAAACGAAACAAGUCACCAGUCUCUCUGGAUUGCCAUAUUGGUACAUCCCCAAUCAUCAUCCGUCAUGAUAGCAACAACGACGAAGAUUCCGUCAUUUCAGGAUCUUUGAUGCUCCAAGUUACAGAAGACUCGGUCGAAGUACAGACCCUAUAUGCCAUACUACGAGUCCAUACCAUCAAUAGGAAACCGUUCAAAAAGGGCUGCAAAGGUUGCAAACACCAGUUCACAGAGCUUAAGCGUUGCGAACUCAUCACAACGACAAUCACUUUGAACGAGGGCAGUUACAUGCAUAACUUGUCAUAUCGGAUACCUAGCUACCUGCCUCCGUCUAUGGACACAUCGAUUGUCUCUGUCACCUAUGAGCUUGAGGCGGUAGCGUCUGUUCGAAGAACUAGGCAGUUGUCAACCAAUUCUCACACCAUUACUUUACAUCGUGUUCUGCCCGUCGUACGGUCAAUACCUAUCUUAAACACUCAAACAUACUCGAAUCGAAUCUAUCAAGCAGCAGGAAUAGAAGUGGAAUGUGUGUUUAACACAGUAAUGAACCCGAAGACAAAGAAUCGAGCCACACUUACUAUGAGCGGGCUCCGGAGCAGUCCCGAUAACGGCCAAGAGGUUCAUUUCUGGCGCGUAUGCAGUGGGUCGUGGAUAUUAGAAGAGACAAUCAAAAGUACAGCGUCAGCGUGCUCUGUUCAUUGCUGCCAAGAUAAGACAGAUAGCACUAAAGAGCGAAAAAAGCGGACGAUUCUCGGAGACUCGACAUUUUACAACGGGUGGAAAACCGACGAUAAUGCGGGAACACUGAGCAUUGAUUUCGAUUUUUCUAUAAGACAAAGUCUGAGUCAUUACACACAAGAUACGGGCGAUGUAGGCGACACAUCGGUCACCCAUGCCUUGGUACUGGAGAUGCAGAUGAUAAAGGAGAUAUACCCAAAAGGAAGACCUGACCUAGUGACGAGAACAGGGGUUGGAAGGAUACUUCGCUCUGAACGCCGUGUUGUUCUGAGUGACUACACAACAUUGUCAAAUCAACCGGUCAAAGAAAGCCUACCUCGCUAUCAGGAUGUGUGUACGGGACCUCCAGUAUACGAGGAAUUAUGA